AUGUCUGGUUUUGUCAAUGUCGAUGGGCCGCUGUGUCGCUACUAUCACCAGACUUUCCUGCGGGCCACUGGAGUGCCGGAUCCCAAGGGAGAAAACAGCUCGAAUGACCUACCCAAGGACGUCGACAAUGCUCGAAUUUGGUGGGAGGGUGAUGUUGAUGUUAGCGGUGUAAAUAUUAGCUUUAUGAGGGUGCCCGAUGACGGCAAAGCCUAUGCGUUGCCCGCUGGCCUCAGCAAAUUCCCAUUAUUCAAUGCUGCAGAUUUCGCCGAUCGACUCCCACGAUCGAUCGUCGCUGAGGGAGGAAUUCUCAUGAGUAUGCACCAAUGCGAAGCAAUGUGGAUGAAAUUCAGAGUUUUAGGAGAUUUUGCUGCAUAUGCUGUCAAGAUCUCUGCAGGUGGUCUGAAUGCGUUGACCGGCUUGCCUCGCAAUGCUAUAGCUGUCAAUAAACAAGAUUAUUUGGCAAUAAGAGAGGAUGGUCGCGGUCAACCGAUGGUUUUAGCACCAAAGAGGGACACGUCCGACGUCAGACCUCAAGCUUUACACCCAUCUGUUCUGAUCUUUACUGAUUAUUCUCGCCUGCAGAAUUUGUGGCCGUGCCACUCGGAGAAAGUCCAAGCGUGGAAUCGCAACUUACCGGACAGGAGGUUGGUGAGCUAG